GCGGUUGGCCCGCCACGGCCACGGUCACUCGGCCACUCGGAGCUGCGGGGCGCACGGGGUUGAGAGAGCCGGCUCUAGAGUUUGGGCUGGGGCCUGGAGAGCCGUUUUCUGGGGCGCACCGGACCCGGGAGUGAGGGAGGCACAGCAUCACCCGCCGCCCCGCGCGCCGGAGGACGCCAGCCACCCUCUGCGGCGAACGGCCGACCCGGAGCGUUGGGGGAAAGCUGCGCGUCGAGAGUUGCUGCGUCAGCUUUGCGGGGCCCAGCGCGGCUCGCGGAGCACGUGGUCGGGGGACGGGGGCGUGCCUGCACCCCAGGAGGGCGGCUGCUGCUACGCGCGGUUAAACCGUGAGCUACCCAGGGUCACAGCGAGAAUGGCCAGUCUCCUGCAAGGAGCGCGACAUCUGGACAGUGGAAUGGCUUUAAUGGGGAAGCUGAGCGGCCCGCAGACGGAGCUUGGAGAAGCGUCCUGAGUUACCAUGGAAACCACGCCUGCCGGAGGUCGCCCCAGCCCAACGGAGGCGGUUGAAAUUUGCCCCCAGGGAUUACUCGUGUUCACAGGAUCUUCGGAAAAGGACUCCAACUUGGCCAAGCAGUUCUGGAUCACGUCCUCGAUGUAUCCUACCAACGAAUCUCAGCUGGUGAUGUCCAGAGGUAGCAGGCAGCGUCUGCCGGUGGCCAGGGUCUCCAAGGGCGGUAGUGGGUCUGAAAAAAUUUGCUUCCGGCCUUGUUUCAUUGAGAAAAACAAAAGCCCAGAUGUCACUGCUGAAACCCCAAGGACUCAAGGAUCUGAAGAAAAAGAAAAGUAUCUCCAAAAGACCCAGCUCAGGUGCCAACCUCUCUGUGCCAGGAGAGGUGACCUGGAGACGAGCAGAAUGAACAGCGUCCUCCUGCGUGCUCCUAUAGCAAGUCCCAUAAUCCCUCAUGGUGUUUAUCAGUCUCUGAUCCAUGCCGUGGGCCUCUGUGUGUGCUUCCGUCUCCCCCGCCGGAUUACAGGCACCGUGGUGUAGUGCGCUUCGGAAACAAAGCAGGUUUGGAAGUCCACCUUUGCCACUUAGGAUUUGCAUGACCUCGAACAACCCAUUUAACUGUGAGGCUCUGCUUCCUCAGAAAAGGAGGAAUGAUAAAAACGGCCACUCCAUACAGUUGAUAUGUCAUGUGACAUACCUGGUCAUAGUUUGCCUUCAACAAUGUGAAUUCUCUUCUCCUCUGUGAGACUAGAGGGCACCUCUUAGUGCUUAAGCCCAAUGCCUUUCUGGUUAUUGGAGUGCAAUACAUAUUUGUUGACUGAAUAAAUAAAUGCAUAAUUGAAUGAA